CACUUCAUAUUUUAGGUUGAAAGGAGUUCUGAGCCCGUGGGAGAGAAAUUAGGGUUUUCCAGCAUUGCACAGGAAUUUCGCAAGCGGUGUCGAGGAGGGAGGAGGGGUUGGCGUUGUUGCUACUGUGAGUGGCAUUUGAUUGCCUGCCUGGACAGACAGAAACCCUAGAUUGCAGGGCUUGCUAGUAGUAACCUCAAGGACUGUUUGGAGGAACGGCGAGACUAGGAAGGGAUGAGCCUCUAGUUUGUUAGAUGCUAAGUGAGGCAAUUGCGAUGCAAGGCUCAGUGGCGACGAGAGCGGCUCUUCUUCGUAACUCUUUCCAUUGCCUCCGAUCUCUCAACUGUGGAGAGUUUCGAUCCAGAAGUCUGGCUCCCAGCUCCAGCGAGCUUCUCCGCAGUUCAGUCGAGAUUUUCAGGAGUCAAGUUGCAGAAUUCGCUCCAUAUUCUACUGCAGUACCAGCAGGAAAACCAAUUCAGGUGCAACUGCGGAUUUUAAAGAAAGAUGAGCAUGGACUACGGGACAAACUUAUUCCAGCUUCGUCCUGGCGCGUUCUCACUCGGCUACUUGAUGCAGGGUACAGGAGCUACCUUGUUGGCGGCAGUGUACGUGAUAUGUUGGUAAAGCAGGUCCCCAAAGAUUUUGAUAUCCUCACCACAGCAGAACCAAAGCAGGUCAAGGCGGCUUUUUCUGGUCGGUGCAUUAUUGUUGGGAGACGAUUUCCUGUAUGCCAUGUUACCUCGUUGAACACAGUUGUUGAGGUUUCAAGCUUCAGCACAAAUUCGGGAAAUAUCAAGAGGAUUACGUAUGAACCUGUUGUCGGAACUGAGGGAUGGAGUGAGGACGAUUUCUCCCGAUGGGACAAUUCCCUGCGAAGAGAUUUCACUGUCAAUGGGAUCAUGUAUGACCCAUUUAAAUGUAUCAUAUAUGACUACGUUGGUGGCUUACGAGAUCUGAGGAGAUGCAAGAUUCGGACUGUUAUCCCUGCACUCGAGUCUUUUGAAGAGGAUUCAGCAAGAAUUUUAAGGGCAAUUCGUAUUGCGGCCCGUCUAGAAUUUUCCUUUGCAACCAGCACUGCAAAUGCAAUCAGACAAUUAAAAUCGUCCAUAUUGACAUUGAACAAGACAAGAUUGCAGUUGGAAGUGAACACAAUGAUGGCAUAUGGUUCUUCAGAGCGUUCUGUCAGACUGUUGUGGAGAUAUGGUGUCCUUGAGUACUUGCUUCCCUUUCAGGCUCGAUAUUUCUCAAAUACAAAUCUUAAGCGCCAGGCACGUCGGUCAGAUAUUCUUUUGAAGCUGCUUGCGAAUUUGGACAAAGUUACGGCUCCAAAUCGUCCUUGUCAUGGUGGACUUUGGGUUGCCAUUCUUGCAUUUCAUCUUGCUUUGGUCGAAAGACCUUGGAGUCUUACUGUGGGGCCUACUGUUGCAUUGGCUUUGUCAUUCGGCACUGGCUUGGAGAAGGCCAUAACUCAAGUACAAAAAUUGUGUGACGCUGUUGACAAGAACGGUAAACAUCUGUGGAAUGAUCAAUUCAGGUCAUGUGUAAAGGAGAUGGAUGAAGUAGUCAUUUUAAACGAUUGUCAAAGUUUUGUGGAUUUGUGCCUCAACAAUGUGGCUCAACUUCACAGCGCUGCAGCGACAUGCAAGGUGAUGCAGGAAUUGAACAUUUCAAGUCCUCCUUCAGAUUGGGGCGUUGUCUCCAAACCCUAUUUUUACAAGGCAAACCACCUAUUCAAUAGAGCUCUAACUUCUAAUUCAGAUGAUUUUCCAGAUAUUGUUCAUGAUACAUACAAAGGUGUACUUAUGAACAGCUCCUUUUCCACAAAUGGAGGUAUAGAGGAUUUAGGUAAUGUUUUUUCUCAUGUUGUAUUGAGCACCUUAUUUCCUUCAGUUUCGAGUUCUCUGUAACAAAUAUCCUUUUUGUAUGUACUGUUUGCUGAUGAUCUUGGGAAUGUGGUGAUUUAUUCGCCAA